AUGUACGUCGGAAGAACGACUACGAAGAAAGGCACACCCUCCGACCAAACCAAACCAAAACAUGGCAUUCUGUUAGAUGUCCAUAUUCAGGUGCCGGGAAAUACCAUCAUCGUGAGGCCAGACAGCUUACACCACACACAAACACGCACGCACACACGGAACAGACGCCAGCCGUGCUGCACUGCCUUCUCCUUCACCACACCCUCUGCACUCUGCGCUUUACGUUUACGCCCUCCUACAAAUCAUGAUAAUUGCUCGACAUCAGCUACCGACUGCGGACACGCCCCGGUCUCUUAA